UUACGUUAUUCCCGCGACGUUCGGUGUGCCGGAAGAGCGUUGUGUAGACGAGUCUCACUCCGGGAGUUAGGUUCAGCGCGUCUCUGUCGGCCAACUUGUUUUCCGAUGGAUAAUCCGACGAUAUUUAACCCGGUUAUGCCAUUCUUGGGAGCAAUUUUUGGUGGAUUGAGACGUGGGCAGAUGAUUGCAGUCCAAGGGAUUUUGCCCAAAGCGAGUGAUAGAUUUCAAGUGGAUUUUCAAUGCGGAAGCAGCAAGCAACCUCGUGCAGACAUUGCCUUCCAUUUCAACCCACGUUUUCAGAGGUCGGAAUAUGUGGUUUGCAACACACUUGAAAGGGAAAAAUGGGGACGUGAGAUGAAAAAAUAUGAGAUGCCAUUCAAGAGAGGAGAGCCAUUUGAAAUCAUUUUCUUUGUGAUGGUGGACAAGUUCAAGGUUGCAGUUAAUGGGAAACAUUUCCUGGAUUACCAGCACAGGAUGAGUCUGGACAGAGUUGAUACACUUGGAAUUAGUGGUGCUGUUCAAAUUCAAACCAUUGGCUACUUGGAUAAUGCUGAGCAGGACAAUCCAUAUUCUGACCUUCCAAUAAAGAAAACAAAUACAGAUGGGAUUCAGUCAAAACCAUCAAAUGCCCUAUUGACUGUCCCUUAUAUGGGUAAAAUUAAGGAUGGAUUGAGCCCAGGUCGGGUAAUCACCAUUCAGGGUAAAGUCAACAACAAUCCGGACAGAUUUUCCAUUGAUCUCCGAUCAAGUGCCUCCGCUGAUAUUCUGUUGCAUCUGUCACCGCGUUUCAAGGAGAAAGUUUUUGUCCGAAACUCUUAUCUCCAUCAAAGUUGGGGAGAAGAGGAGAGAAAAAUAGAUCAUUUUCCAUUUAAUCCAGAUGCAUAUUUUGAGAUUAUCAUUUAUUGUGGUUCUGACUGCUUCAAGAUAGCUGCAAAUGGGCAGCACUUGGUAGAUUACAAGCACCGGUUCACUGACUUAAAUAAAAUAGAUAUGUUGGAGAUGAACGGAAAUAUCCAGUUGAUCAAUGUUCAGACUUGGUAGGUAGAGGGAAAACUGUCUAAUAUUAAACAUCAAUGCCAGACAAACUGAGCAUGAAUAAUCUACCCAAAUUCUGUUUCCAAUUCCAGAAAGAGCAUGUGAUCAAAUUGAGAAGAGUUUGUUUUAUGGGGACUGUUGAAUGAUAUUUGAAGACCUAUUUAUGGCUUUUGCUUAAAGUUGUUUUACUGAGUCCACUUGAAGCCAUCUUUGAUGAUUGCAUCAUUUCUAUAGAAGGUCAACUCCUCAAAAAAUCUCAAAUAAACCUAAAUGCAUUUUCCUUCAGCAUUUGGGUCAUUUUGCUUUGGAAUACAAAACCUGCAAGCUUGUCAAAAAAUCUUUACAUAUAUUCACAAUAUUUAGAAAAUUUUGAUAAGUUAAACCUGGGAUAACCAUAAAGCUGUAAUUUUAGUAUCUUCAAUAGACAGCUAUAUACCAGCAUCUGUAAGUCUCAUUGAAGAACGCUUUGUGACUGACUUUGUGCUGAUGUGAACUUCAAGCUGAAAUGUGUUACAAACGGAGAAACAAUUUUGAAGCUUGACUUAAUUGGCACCCGCAGUGUGAAUGUACAGUAUGUUUCUUAAAAUGUGCCCUCAAAAGAUUUUCAGAUUUCUCUACAAUUCUCAUCUCAAAAUGGCUUGUCUUGAAUAUGCAAGGCUGAAACAGUCAUUGCAAUCCACUUGCAUCUUUUUAAUUAGUCCACUAGCCCUAAAUUUAUCUUUAAAUUUAUAUUAGUCCUACUACUGCAAUAUGAAGUUUGCACACUCUGCAUCCAGAAUUGUACACAGUAUUUCAAAUGAAUCUUCAAACUUUUACAGAUGUGUCAGUUGUACAGAUAUCUGUCCACAAUCUUGCAUUUCAACAUCACUGCUUUAUGCUGAAUUGCAGUAUUUAAAAAUUAUUGGCUGAACUUAAUUACAAAUGAAAUCAAAAAUUACUGCUACAAUGAAUUACAAAUGCAAUAAAUUUCUAUAUCACUCUUAUCUGGUAAUCAAAACGGUUUAAAGUCACCUUUCUGUUUGGCUAUAUGUAAGGUUUUUUUCACCUUGAUCUUUGGUUUAGGAUUAUAUUUUCAAUACAAUUGCUAAAUUUUUGGAACAUUAUAGUUCUAUACACCUAUUCUUUAAAAGUCUGAAGUGCACAAACUAACAGGUUAUUGAAGUGAUAGUUUCACAGAACUGAAGUUCAUUUGAGAUUGUGGGUAUGUUGAGUCAUUGAAUAUUUCACUGCUUCCAACUCUACCUUUGCUCCCUAUUCCAAUCACCUGUAAUUUACAAAGCAAAGCACUUCAAUUCAUCUUGUCCUGUGGGCUGAGAUUUCCAGUUUGCUAUUAGUGAUGAGAAUUUGUACAUCAUUAUUUGAGUAAAAGUUCAUUCAAACUUAAUUCAUAAUGUAGUUACUGUCUGCCAGACAUAUCUGUUAACUUGAAGCAGACAUCUUUUGUGCUUUGUAUUUUAAAUUUUGUAUAUAGAUAAGGUCUACUACUUGAAUUUGCAAUAACCUUGCUGUUGAGAAUGUAUUAACUAAAUCCAGGACAUUUUAUAUUCUUUUGGCAGACAUCGUUUACACACUCCUAUCAGCCUAGUAAAUUAGCUUGCUUAAUGAGUGAGAACUUCUUGAAGUUCUUAAAGUUGGGUUUAAAGUUAAAGAUUUCACCUGUACUGCAUAUUGUUUACAAAAAUUAAAACUCAUCCUAUGUUCAUUCUAUAAAUUUUGGUUGUCCAUGGCGUUUAAUCCAUUACUUCCAACAGAUUUAAUGUCCUGCAGAAAUCAGGGAUAGCUCUCAGGAGAUGCUACACUGUUAUUCAUUUAUAAGAGACCAAAAGCUUAAGAAUUUAAUUGAUUUAAGUUUGUUUUUGUUGGUUUCACUGGAGUCAAAUCAGAUUUCACGUUGGACCUGCAAUCCAUAAAUUUAGUGAGGGGCUUAAGCAGUGUUGCAAGUAAUGCAAUUAGGUCGUAGCUUCUUGGACCAUUUCACAGGUGUGCUUGUGAUAGGAGCAUCAUUGCACAGUAUUUUUUCCCUUCAGAAUGUAUCAGGAGUCCACUAUGACCAAGGACCAUUCUACACUUAAUCCAUUUACCACAACUUAAGCACAAGCCUUCUACUUCCUUACAGUUUACAUGUUCAUCUGAAUGGGUAAAUGUUCUGAGUUUAUUUGUCCACUAUGCAUGCUGUCAUUGUUCCAGCUUCCAGCUAUCCUCUGGAUGCUAACGUUCUUGCUCUGAUCCUCUAACCUCAUGCUUUGGAUCUAUCUUCUCCUGAUUUGCAUUCUAUUUCUGUGGGAAGAAAUUACCUUUUAUCUACACCCUCCUAAUUUUGCAUGGCUUUUAGCUUGCCCUUCUGCAAGGAAACCAAGUCAGCUGCUCCACGCUCGCAGCUUAAAUGCUCUAUCUGAUGGAACACUGAGAUGAAUGGCCUCCCAAUUAUGUCUGCCUCAGAUUGUGGCAAUGUGUAUUUCAGUUGUGGUUGACCCAGUGGUUUGGAAAACAAACUAUACCAUAAUGUACCUAUGCUGCCAUCUUCAGGGAUCUUUGGGCAUUGCACUCUGACAUCCUAAUCAUCAGUACAUGGCAGGGCCAAACCAUUCAAUGAAAAGACUGACAUUGAUAGUCCAUCAGCUUGCCUCAGGAUUUAAUUCCAUUUACCAGUGUGUCACCUGGAUUAGCGAGUGAUUGGACUGUGACCAUCCCUCAUGGCUAUCAACACCACUGAUUUUUGUUUAUCCCUGAACUACUAAUUAUACCUUUUACAAUUUGGAUAUAAAAGUAGAAGUGGUGGAUAGCACCCAGUCUGUCACAGGCAAAACCCUUCCUCACCAGUGAGUACAUUUACAUGUCGCACUACUGAAAACAAAGCAACAUCGACCACCCUAGGCUAUGCUCUCUUUUUUUCCUACUACCAUUGGGUAGGAGGUACAGGAGCCUUAGGUCCCACACCACCAGGUUCAAGAACAAUUAUGCUACAACUAUGAAGCUCCUGAACCAGUGUGGAUAACUUCACUCACCACCACUCUAAACGGAAUCUGCAGGUUGUAGAAUUAGUUCAAAGGCCUCUUUACAAUGCAAGUUCACAGUAUUUUAAGUUGCACGUUUUUUUUUGGUCAGUUUUUGUUUAUGUAUAAUUUUUCAAAUUCUAUUGUAUUUUUUUUCCUGUAAACACCUGCAUGAAAAUGAAUCUCAAGGUAUAUAAUUUGAUAAUAAAU